AUGUCUACUGAAAACAGUUUAUCUCUAAUCGAAUCUCUACCCCAAGAACUCCUUGCUGAAAUUCUAGCCCGGGUUGCUUCAUCUUCUGUUGAAGAUAUAAGCCACUGCUUAACUGUCUCACGGACGAUUUCUUCCGCCGUGCAAGAUGAUCACGUCAUCAAACGUCUCAACCUACGUCCACAGGCGAUGAAUCCCAUCCUAACGUGUUAUCGUUAUCAGCAUCUUAUGGUGAAGGCUAUCAACAGCAACAAUCCGGCUGCUCACUAUAUUGAAGGUAUCAAGCAGUUCUUCGCCUACGACAACAGGACCGUUGGGUUACAUCACCUAAGAAAAUCAGCUGAAGGUUCCUACGACAAUGGUACCUAUCUGUAUGGCAUCGUUGUUUCAUGCAUGGGAAACAUUGAAGAAGGAAAAACUAUCUUACGUACCCUUGGGUGGGAGGCAAGCAGACGUCGCACUAAGCGUGCUUGGAGAGAGGUGAAGAGGUCAAUGAGGUUUGUUUAUGUCAUUUUGAAGCCUGAGUACACAGCCACUUUGAAGAGCAAUCAGCCACCGCUCACCUGCCACAAAUGACAAAAACGACAAGGACAACAUCUGUCCAAGCUGUUUCCACUACAAAAUGAUGCGGAGAUUCGUUGGAUUCGUCAUGCAAAUUAUCUAAGAAAGAGUAAAUCAGUAUCAAGUGUGUAAAGCAGCUACGGGAGAACCACUCUCAACGUUGCGCACAUGCCAAACUAUCCUUAUUUCGAUUUAGACAUUUGCAUUUCUUUUUCAGCUUUUGAUUACAUUUCGAAGUACGUAAACUUUUUUUUUUUAAACACUUUCUCAUUUUAUGAUAUUCACAACUAAUACUUAAAGCCACAGCAACAAGAAAUAUCCCAUAAAGAAAAGAAAUUUUUUAAAAAAGCAACUCCACCGUUAAACCAUCUUAACCCAACACAAUAACCAAAUCGAUUCCGUCAAAUAUGACGUUAAUAAGUGUUAUCAUUAUAUGAUGCAUAAAAUUAGGGAUCACAACUUUAACUUGCCGAAAAUUUCAGAAAUCAAAUCAAUCUCCCGAUAAAAAAAUUGACAAAAUAUCACACUUACUAACCCUACAAACCAUCUAAAACCCUACCCUACUUUAGGUAUAAAAGAUCGUCCAACGCAACCACAAAUCAUAGAAAACCAAAAAAACUUUACAAGUCUUCCAAUGGCUAGAAAAAGAUCACUCUCAAAGCUAGAGCUAAUGCCCAUUUUCAGCCAGAUUCAAAUAAUUCUCUUCGUAGCUAAAGACUCAAUCGAAGCAUUCCACAAUGCCCUCAUGGCAUUCCCUGGUCUUGGCACAGCUGUGCGCAACCCCUUGGUCCUAUAACACCUAAAUAUCCGAUCUAUCACCGUCCAAUCACUGUCAUCGCUUACCAUGUACCAAAAUCUGCUGAACAUUUGCGUUUCUGCGGGUAACUUGGAGGCGCAUUACUUACGUGGAAUGCAAGAAUAUUUCCAAAACGAGAACAUACCUGCUGGGUUGGCACUCCUCCAGAUUGCAGCACAAGGUUCGUAUGAUAAUGCUAUUUACCUUUAUGGUAUAAUAAUGCUAUGUAGAGGAGAUCCGGACAUCGGGAAACCACUAUUGGAUUCACUAGGAUGGAGAGAAAACAAAGCACGGUCCGACGCUUGCUGGCAAAGCAUCAAAACAUCUCUCCAUGGAGUAAUGGUCAAAAGGUUUGAAAUUUACAUCACAACUUAUAGGGCCACAAGGCAUACAAUAAAUUGUCACAGAAACGACAUAACUAUCCGUUGUGAGACAUGUUAUUAUUUUAAGCAAAUGAAAAAAAUUGUCUUCAUUAUCUAAACAAAUGAUGUAACUGAUGCGGUUCCUAUAUCGACUCUAAUAUUAUAAAAUUUAAAUAAAGUUUCCUUUAUACUAAUACAUUGUCUCUUAUGCAAACGGAUGAAAGCUACAUAAUUCCAACGAGUAUAAUUCCUAGACAGGAUCAAACAUGCUCUGAUUCCACACAACUUGAUACCUAGGCUUCUUACCAUUUUAAACAAUUUUAUAACUGUUCUUUCUAUUGCUGUGCGUUUAGGUUUUUUUCUUUAUAACCCAUAGUUUGUCUUAUUGUAUUUUAUGGUUACGUUAAUAGGUUAGAGUUGAUUUUAAUACCUAAUUGAAACAGAAACAUAUGUUAUAACUAUGAUCAAUGGUGAAAUUCUCAAAUAUGAAAUGGGCUGCGCCAUUAGUUAAUCAAA